AUGUUGCGUUGUGUGUUCUUAGGCUGCCUCUUGAACAUUUUGGCUUUUUUGAUUUUUAACAAACAAGAAUGCCAGGCAAAUGAGUUUACCCUGCCAGGGGACUAUAAACUCGGGGGGAUUUUUAAUGUGCAUUCAGCCAGUGAUGUUGUGGUGCCGAAAACUCCUAUGGCACUAGAAUGCUACACGCAGCCAUUUUCAAUGUCAGCUUAUCAAAUGUUUGAGGUGAUGCGGUUUGCUGUGGAGCAGAUUAAUAACUCCAGUGCCAUCCUGCCUAAUGUCACUCUUGGUUAUGAAAUCUUUGAUUAUUGCUUAAAAACUCGGAGUUUUCCUUCAAUCCUCGAUUUUAUCUCAGACAACGGACGAAUAAAUGUAUCAGCCAAGCACAACAAACACAAUGUUAUCGGUCUUGUGGGUGCCUAUGCGAGCUCUCAAUCUAUGUCUGUUGCACCUUUGUUCAUGAUGGACCUCAUUCCAAUGAUUAGCUAUGCAUCCUCUAGCUAUGAUCUAAGCAAUAAGUGGGUCUACCCAAGUUUUUUAAGGACUGUACCAACCAAUCAAGAUCUAAUUAUGGUCAUAAUUAAGCUCAUUCAGCAGUUUGGAUGGAAUUGGGUAGCUUUCAUUAGCAGUGACGAUGCGUACAGUCAGAACGGCCUCGAAUUAUUUCGCAGUAACAUUAAAGACACCAGCAUCUGCUUGGCCUUUCUUUAUGAACUUAAUUCAAUGUCCAAUUAUUCAGAUAUACUAAACAAGAUUGACUCACUCAGCAUCAACGUGAUCAUAGUCUUCACCCAAGAACUCCCCGCUCAAGAAUUUAUCAAAACAGCCAUCAGUAUCAAUAUUAGAGAGAAAGUCUGGAUAGCAGGUGAUACAUGGUCUAUGGAUGAAAAACUCAUCAGUUACCCGGGCAUCGAGCAAAUUGGGACUAUUUUUGGUGUCACGGCAACAACACUGAGUUUACCUGGAUUUGACGAAUUUGUCUACCAAACACGGCUGAGUGAUGAAAACGAUUACUGUGUGAAUUGUAUGGAUGGAGAGAAGUGCAAUCAAGUUUGUGAAAAGUGCACAAGCCUAAAUGCAGACGAUAUUAUAAACCAAAAUCCUACAUACUCGUUUUCAAUCCAGGCGGCUGUCUACGCCUAUGCCUAUGCACUCCAUCAAGCGCUCAACUGCAGAAAUACAAGUUGUGAUCCACCUCGAAACAUCUUACCGUAUGAGCUUCUGGAUUACUUGAGAAAGUUGAGCUUCACUUUACAAAACCAACAAAUUGAAUUUGACCAGCAUGGGGAUCCACCAGCCAGUCUUGCAGUAGUUCUCUGGAGACCAAACAAAAAUCCACUUUUUGUAAUGGCUGCUACAUAUGAAUCACACCCAACUAUUCAGUUUACCUUGAACAGUCGUGCUGUUCCCUGGUCUGGAAAUAGCACAGUGCCUUAUUCUAAUUGUUCUAUUCAGUGUGAUAGUGGUUUUAAAAAAGUGCAAACUUCAAUACAUAAGUGCUGUUUUCAGUGUGAGAAAUGCACGGCCCAGACAUACAUCAACACCACAGCGGAUGCUUACGCUUGUGCUCCAUGUGCAGAGGGUUACUGGUCUGAUGAAAAGAGCAUAAUCUGCAAAAAGCGCAUUAUCGUCUUCCUUGAUCUCAAGGAUCCUCUGUGCAUGCUGUUCUUGGUAUGUGCUGUGGCCUUCAUUGCUAUCUCCAUUGGACUCAUCAUCCUUUUUGGCAUCAACUACAACACUCCGGUGGUAAAGUCUGCCGGUGGUAAUAUGUGCUUCCUUAUGCUGUUUUGUCUGGUUCUGGCCAACAUUGGGGUCUUCUUUUACUUUGGAGUGCCAGACCCAGUGAAUUGCGCUUUACGGAAUGUCUUUUUCAUAUUUUUCUACACUAUUUGCCUUUCUUGUAUGGGUGUUCGUUCCUUUCAAAUUGUCUGUGUAUUCAAAAUGGCUGCCCAGUUUCCAGAUGUCUACCACUGGUGGAUGAAAAACAAUGGUCAGUGGCUUUGUAUUAAUGUCUACUCUUUCAUACAGCUUAUUGCUUGUGGAAUAUGGCUUCUAACUGGAAGGCCCAAACCCUACAAUGACAGUACGUCUUUUAAAGAUCAGACUAUUUUGACGUGUGAUAUGGGAUCAAUGGUUACAUCCACCUUGGCUUGGUCCUGUCUCUGGUUUCUUAGUAUAGUCUGCUUCUGUUUCUCCUACAUGGGCAAAGAUCUUCCAAAAAGCUACAAUGAAGCAAAGUCUAUCACGUUUAGCUUGCUUGUAUUUUAUCUGGGCUGGAUUGCAUAUUUCACAGCAUACAUUGUGUUCAGAGGAGCUUACAUUCAGCUUUUUAAUGCAGUUGCACAGCUGUCAAGUUCAUAUGGAAUUAUUUUUAGCUUCUAUAUGCCAAGGGCCUACAUCAUUAUUUUCCAACCCAAAAAGAACACUCAGGCAUACUUUCAGUCAUCAAUCCAGACAUAUACACAGACUAUUAGCAGAAUGUAGACUUAUGUAAUCCAUAGAAGAUGGAUAUAUGUGUUGCAGAUUCACAAAUACAAGUCAUUCAUCCAUAGUGACCAAAUCCAUGAA